CCGAGCCACACAGGUAACUCAGAAGAAGGAGAAAAAAAAGAAAAAAAAAAAAAAACUCCAGGGCUUGUUAUGGAGUUCGUGUGAAAGAAACACGGAUUUCCACCCUUCUCUACCAGUUAAACCAGUAUCUCUGGAUAGAACAAACUCAAGUGCUUCAACAGUUUUUACCCUUGUGGUCCCUGAUGGCUUCGCACAGUGAUACUCUGGUGGUGUUCUUUGGGGCAACAGCUGGUGCAAAUGGGGGUAAACUGGGUUCGGAUGAGAGGGAAAUAAUUCUCUUGGUGUGGCAAAUUGUGGACCUACAUGAGAAAAAGGUCGGGAAGCUUCAUAGAUGUCUUGUCAAGCCGGACACUUUGGAGCUGACAGACCAGUGUAAAGAGGAGACGGGACUGACUCUGGACGACAUCGUCAAAGCUGAGCCCCUGGACAAAGUUCUGCAACAGUUCCAGCAGUCAGUGUCAUCAGAAGUGAAAUGCCUGGGCAGGAGCUCUUACACACUUUGUGUCAACUGUCCCCUUGUCGUCCGACAGGCCCUCCACCCCGAAGCUUCCAAAAAGAAUCUAGUCCUUCCUGAAUGUUUCUUUUCAUUUGUGGACGUGAGAAAAGAGUUUCACAAAUGCUGCCCAGGUGCUGGCCCUAUGCAGAAGCUCACCCUCACCUCCAUGUUGGAAUAUGUUGGUCUUCCUGCUGUAUCAGAGCAGUUGAUCGGUGUGAGGGAGGUGAGGAGCAUGGUGCAGCUGACUCUCUGCAUCCUGGCUGAGCCCUACAAUCACAAAUUCUCCUGUGUUGAAACAGUGAAGUACAAGUUUGAUUCCGGCACAUGCAGUAAGACGGAGCCGGUGGACAGUGAGACAGUGAUCAGAGCACGGGGGCUGCCAUGGCAGUCAUCAGACCAAGACAUUGCUCGCUUCUUUAAAGGCCUUAAUAUUGCCAAGGGUGGCGUGGCCCUGUGUCUUAACGCCCAGGGCAGGAGGAAUGGUGAGGCCUUAGUUCGUUUCAUCAACUCAGAACACAGGGAUCUGGCUCUGGAGCGCCACAAGCACCACAUGGGAAGCCGCUAUAUUGAGGUCUACAAGGCCACAGGGGAGGAAUUUCUCAAGAUUGCUGGAGGUACGUCUAAUGAGGUGGCCCAGUUCCUGUCCAAAGAGAACCAGGUGAUUAUCCGUAUGCGGGGGUUGCCUUUCACUGCCACACCCCAGGAAGUGGUGUCCUUUCUUGGUCCCGAGAGCCCGGUUACAGAUGGUGCCGAGGGUCUACUCUUUGUCAAGUACCCUGACGGACGGCCCACUGGUGAUGCCUUUGUGCUCUUCUCCUGUGAAGAGUACGCCCAGAAUGCCCUGAAGAAGCACAAGCAGAUCCUAGGGAAGCGGUAUAUUGAGCUGUUUCGAAGUACUGCAGCGGAGGUGCAACAGGUCCUGAACCGCUAUAUGUCCACGCCUCUAAUCUCCACAUUGCCCCCUUCUCCCAUCGUGCCUGUCCCGGUCCUCGCAACGCCUCCCUACCUUCCAGCCGCCAGCAGCACCCGCGACUGUGUUCGCCUGCGCGGUCUGCCCUACACUGCCGGCAUUGAAGACAUCCUGGAGUUCAUGGGAGAGCACACCAUUGACAUCAAACCCCAUGGAGUCCACAUGGUCCUCAACCAACAGGGUCGGCCCUCUGGCGAUGCAUUCAUCCAAAUGAAGUCACCUGACAAAGCAUUUAUGGUGGCCCAGAAGUGCCAUAAAAAGACAAUGAAGGACCGGUACGUCGAGGUGUUCCAGUGCUCCACAGAGGAGAUGAGCAUCGUGCUGAUGGGAGGAACCCUGAACCGCAGCGGCCUCUCCCCACCCCCCUGCAAACUUCCCUGUCUGUCUCCCCCCACGGCCUAUGCCGCCUUCCCCACCCCGCCUGCCAUUCUCUCUGAGGCUGCCCUCUACCAGCCCCCCCUGCUGGCCGCUCCCAGACCUCCUCAGACCACUGCACACAGCCCCGCUCACACUCUGGCCUACUACCCCCCCCAACCACACCUGUACAUGAAUAUGAACAUGAACUACACCGCUUACUACCCCAGUCCCCCAGUUUCUCCCUCCACAGUUAGCUACUUUGCAGCUCCACCAGGAGCAGUGGCAGCAGCAGUCGCAGCUCAGCCCCACCCUGCUGCAGCCGCCUCUCCUGUGCUGCCCCAACCUGGCGCCCUGGUCAGGAUGCAGGGUCUGCCCUACAACACUGGAGUCAAGGACAUCCUCAGCUUCUUCCAGGGAUACCAGCUCCAGCCGGACGCUGUUCUCAUCUUGUACAACUUCAGCGGCCAGUGCAGCGGCGAGGCCUUGGUCACCUUCCCUAGUGAGGAGAUCGCCAGGCGGGCUGUAGCGGAGCGCUCCAACCACCCCUUCUACGGCCAGCAGGUCCACUUGCUCUUCUGUAACUGACCACCAGCCCUCCAUCUCUCUCCUCCUCCCUCAAUUUAACCUCCCACUGAAGAGCACUCAACUCCCAGCGUCCCAAUAAAACUGAACAAGCUCCAGUUGAUCCCAGCGCUACAUGAAACAGCUACUGAACUUUUACCUUUUCUGUGAUCUGCCAUUUAUUCACACACCUGACACUGCUGGCCCUGACACUCCCGAAGCCGCUGUUGGAGUUUGAACAUCCACAGGUGAAGCAGCUGAAGUCUUUAAAGCUUUGCAUUGUGCUAAUGACUUUGUGGAUGUCAUGCAUAGCAUUGCUGCGUAUUUGCGCCUACUGUAAUAGCUGGUUGUGGAGAGGAAAUGGUGUGGAGCUUGGACAAAUCCGUAACAGUGGCUCUGUGUAUUUACAUGCUCUAUAUACUGUAUUUGUCCACCGUAAAAGUGUACAGAUUUUCAUCCUGAAAUGCUUGAGGCUGUACAAACCACUUUUGCUUGUGACCUUUUCUGUGUAUUUCUGAAUUUUCAAUCCUGACCACUAUAUUUUGGUUACUCAUAGUUUGUGAUCCUUUGUGCUAGCUCUGUGCAAACACAGAUGUGCGUGUGUGUGUGUGUGUGUGUGUGUGUGUGUGUGUGUGUGUGUGUGCGUGCGUGCGUGCGUGCAAAAUGUUUGUUAAUUUGAUGGUCUCCAGUGGUGCCAGUGGAAAGCGCAAAAAAAAAAAAAAAGCCAUAAAGACUGACUUAGACUACUGAAAUAAGGAUUGAAUCUCAGACUGUGCUCUUUAACUGUCAUUUGAAUGAAACCUAAGCUGCAGGGACUGUCAGUUAAAACCACAGAAAGAUCAGAGAUGUGCUAGUGUAAUGUAUUUUGUGUAUAAAGCAUUUAUGCGUGACAUGUCAUCCCAUUUAGAUCUUUUCCAAGCACUACAGAUUUGUUUUUGCUCCAAUCAAAGAGUUAAGGAACUGCUCGUCUGAGUAGCAUGACAGAUUUAUUCUAUUUUUAUUAAUCCUUUACAAAAGUUGAUAUUUUGUUAUUAAAUGUAAAAGGACAGAGACGUAUCCUGAAGCCUUUUAUGAUGAUCAACCUCAGCUAGUGUACAGUCUCUCUUCUGUUUUUUGUUUCCAGACUAUUUAUACCAGUCUGUCUGUAUUAUCUUUAAUUCCUUCUUAUGACCGGAGUACUGUGUAAAGCUGCAUGAGUUUUCCUGUGACGGCCUUAGUUCUUUUUUCAUCUUUACUGUGCCUACAUUACCCAGAGUGCAAUACUGGCCCAAAUAGGGCUAGGUCAACCUCUGGUGGCAGAGGAGAUAUUUCUUUUGUUGCAGGUUUGAGACUUGCAUGAAUUUAGCUCUGUGUAUAUUAGAUAAGCCUGUAAACGAUAAAAAUGUUGACAAUGA